UAAGCUUCCUGAUUUUAUAUGGCGUGGAUCGGUGGCAGUUGAUUUUGAAAAGUUGCUCUCUUUUUUCUGGCAGAGCUGUUGCAUCACUUGUAGCCGGACAAUCACACUUGCAAGAUGAUGGACGAGUCUUCAACCAGGAGCCAUGUUUCCGAGGGAAAUCGUAUAGGCUAUGUAAGAAGCGAAUCCAUGGAUUCGACUGGUCAUCCUUCAGCUGCUAUCUCCAGUUCACUGCUAAGCAGGAGAAGCAGCAGGCUCAGUUCAAGGGGAUCCAUCAGCCUAUCCCGUGAGAUGGGUGACUCGAUCCUGAACUCUAUGAGGCAUUCCCUUCAGUCGGCAGACCAGUUGCUAGGUGACGCCGAUAGCUCGGCUUUGGCUCAAGUCAUUGACAGUGGUGACCGAGUGCUAGCGUUGGAAGAUAAUGCCGAUGAAGAUACAGCAAAUACCUUAGAUCAACAAAAGGCUGGUACUCUCCGGGAUAAUCGAAUCCAUGGCUACAGCUCACAUGGCACAGGUGUGCCAGCACCUGAAUCUUCUGUGGAGCCAAAGGAGGAGAGCUCAUCAGCCAAGGUUGAACAGUAUAUGCUUUCUCGAAGGCUUGACUAUGCUUCAUACUUGAUCCAUUUAGCUACCUUCGGGAUUUUUGGGGUAUUUACAAGGUACGGGCUCCAAAAGUUGUUUGGCCCAGGCUGUCUUGCACUCACCUCAAACCAGAGCCCAUUAUACCUUGAUCUUCCAUCGAACAUGCUAGGAUCCUUCCUGAUGGCCUGGUUUGGGAUCAUCUUCAAGACUGACAUUCGGCACAUAUCUGAUCAUCUCAUUGUUGGAAUCACAACUGGGUACAUGGGAAGCCUUACCACCUUUAGCGGGUGGAACCAGGCAGUGGUUAGCAUGUCUUCCAAAGACCAUUGGGCAUAUGCUAUAGCCGGCAUAGUAUUAGGAAUGUUCAUCGUCAAUGAGUCCAUCAGGGUGGGUGCUGAAACAGGUGAGCGCCUACGAAGCUGGAUCGUGAAAUGCAUCAAGGAAAAUAGUUCAAUAGGAACAAAAUGUGACUGGGAGCACUUGCGGGUGGACACUAGGACUAAACAUUAUGUCCUCAUAGCAGUUAUGUUGAUUUUGCUUUCUUUCUUGUGGGUUCUGAGCAUCACGUUGGCCAUAAUAAAGGUGCGCAGUCUUGCUGACGGCGCUGUACUCUGGUUGGGGUGCUCGGUCGCGCCUCCAGGCGUUUGGUUACGCUGGUACCUGGCAAGGCUGAACGGUCAGGGAAUUGGCAAAAAGAGAUCCCUCAAAUGGCUGCCAAUUGGGACACUUGCAGCCAAUGUUCUUGCUGCAGGCAUCAUGGCAUCGCUCGCUGUGACCGCCAAAGCGGUGAAUACAAAGCGAUCAGCAACUGUUCUUAAUAGCAUUCAGUUCGGAUUCCUUGGUUGCCUGAGCACAGUGUCUACUUUUGCUGCUGAAAUCUAUGCCAUGAGAAGCAGCGGACAGAUCGGUAGGGCCUUUGUUUAUGCCUCGGCGACCUUCAUGUUGUCCUUCGUACUGGGAACUCUGAUAUACUCAGUGCCAGUAUGGGUCAAGCAUUACCAAUAGCUUCAUCAACUAUUACGGACUUGAGUAUUUUUGUGUCAUGCUGCAGUUUGCAAAUUUGCAACAUUCAAGCACACAAUGCAAUUUGCAACAUUCAAGCAGACAGUGCAAUUCGCAACACUCAAGCAGGCAGUGCGAUUUAAGACAUACCAAGUUAUGCAUUCGAAGGAUAUCUGACUGCUUCUUUCAGACAUUUGAUGUACAUAGAAGAGCCUGAUCACUUUUACAUCACAAACAUGCGAUACACUCCGGUCCCAAAAUGUCCUGUAUAUCUGGGAUAUUUAUGAAAUGUAUGUAUCAUUUGUAACAAAAGAAAAACAACGAUCAUAUUUUGGGAGUAGCUUUGUCACACCUGUUUGUACAGACAACACGUAAGAUUUAUUCACCAGCAGCGGAAAUAUUAUUGCUAAAUUUGCAAUAACCAGUGUUUAUUUGUUUCAUCUGCCAUGUAAUCCUUUAAAUACAACUACAUGGUGCGUUGGUAACCA